UGCUGAACUAAAUUGAACUGCCAACUAAAUUAAAUAAUAAAUGAAAUAACGGAAAUCACAUAUAACAUUUUUAUUUUUUAUUUGUAGUUUAACUAUAAACAAUAUAGAUAAUAAGUGCCUUCGACAAAAUAACACGUCUAUACGUCUAAGCUGCGUCCGCAAUAACGAUCAAAUAAUGUCGACUACAAAUCUCGGCCCACAGUCACUUCAAGGACACGUUCGACCUUAGAAAGCGUGCCAAACGUGUAACUAAUAUGGUGACCAUAUGUGUGAUCGGUGACGCAUCGCCUGCAUCAGAAGCUAGCAACUCGGAAGAUGAAGCCGCGGGGGGCGAGCGUCAUGCACGCCUUCACUGCGCUCACUAUGUUAACAAUGGCCAAUGCUCAAACAACAUGCAACCAAGGGAUGGGUCGUGUUAUGUAUGAACGAUUACCGAAUCAACAGCUACACGGAUUCGACGAUGACGUCGUACGAGAGACAGCACCACCAUUUCGAGUUCUGGAGAAAUGUCAGGAUUUAUGCUUACGAGACCGUUCCGUGAACAGCCUCGUGAGAACAUGUAAUUCCAUUGAUUUCCAACCUGGAGCACGUAUAGCUGCUUUUAGUCCAGAACCGGAAUAUGAGGAGUCUACUUGUUUUUUAACCCGUGAACAAGCCACUCCUGAGGGUAUUGGCACGCUUAUGAUUGUUCCAAAUAGCGUACAUUUUAAUGAGAUCUGUCUAACUUCAAACCGACCGGAACGCGAAUGCCCCUCACGUCGAUAUGUUUUUGAGCGUCAUGCACGGAAACGAUUGAAACUUCCACCGUCAGAUCUUAAAGAAAUCAUGGUCGCUAAUCGGACUGAAUGCGAAGAUAAAUGUUUGGCAGAAUUCAGCUUUGUCUGUCGGUCGGCUACCUAUGAUUCUGAGUUAAGAACUUGUUCACUGAGCAGAUUCACAAGAAGAACACACCCCGAGUUAUUGGAAGAUGACCAUAAAGCAGAUUAUUUGGAAAAUACAUGCUUGAACGCUGAACGACGUUGCGAUGGCUUAGCGGUUUUCAUUAAGGAGGAAAACAAACGACUUGGUGGUCCGUUCGAGGCUGAUGUGUUUUCGAAUAUGACUUUGGACGAAUGCCAAGCGAUGUGUGUUCGUGCGGAAAAGUAUUUUUGUCGGUCCAUCGAACACGAUGCAAUGACAAGACAGUGCGUCCUCUCUGAGGAGGAUUCUGUGUCGCAGAAAGACGAUGUGACCGUCAGUGCAUCGCCAACACAUCAUUUCUACGACCUUGUUUGUCUAGACAAUCUUUCUCAUCGGGCAGCUCGUGGCACGGAGUACCCGGACAAUAGUGUGACGUCACACUUGUUCUCACCUGGGAGAAGGCCCGACACCGCCUUCCAGAGAUAUAGGGUCAGCAGAAUUACCGGAGAAUUCCAUUCUGAAAUUACUGGGCGUUCGUUAAGUGAAUGCUUAGAUGAAUGCUUGAGGCAGACCAGUUUUCAAUGCAGGUCGGCGGUAUACAGUGACCGAGCGAGGACCUGCCGCUUGAGCCGGUACAAUCAGAAGGAUGGCAUGCGUUUAAUAUACGAUCCUGAUUUUGAUUAUUACGAAAAUUUGAUGCAUCAACUAGUGAGUGGUGAGAGCGAAGCAGGAGGUACAGCCAGCGGUUCCCAGGCCCCAUGGGGAAGACCCACUACCACAGGUGGUAACGGCGGGAGCGGUGGUGACCGUGAUAGGUACCCACCAGGUACCGACCGCGAUCGAUACCCGGAUGACGACCGCUACCCAAUGGACGACGAGCGGUACAGCGGUAGGCCAGACCGGUAUCCACCUGACGAUCGGUACCCGGGCGGGCCUGAUGCAUACCCGGAAAGAUACCCGGGCGACCGCUACCCACCAGCAGAUAGAUAUCCAGAUGACAGAUAUCCACCUGGUGUGGGUCCUGAUAGAUACCCACCAGGCUUAGAUCGCUACCCACCAGGCUCAGACCGCUACCCACCAGGCGCAGACCGCUACCCACCAGGCGCAGACCGCUACCCACCAGGCGCAGACCGCUACCCACCAGGCGCAGACCGCUAUCCACCAGGCGUAGAUAGAUACCCAUCUGGCAGUAGAUACCCAAGCGAUCGCUACCCUCUUGACAGUGGCCGAUAUCCUCUCUACGACUAUCCUACUAAUGACAUUAAUAGAUACCCAUCUUCAGACCGAUAUCCCGUUAGCCGAUACCCUAUCGAUAUUUACCCUGAAAGAUACCCUUCAGAUCGAUAUCCGGAUAGGUAUCCUAUCCGUGGUAGUGGGAGGUAUCCUUCUAAACCUUGGUAUCCUAGCCGUUAUCCUGACAGAUACGAUCAGGACCGGUAUCCUGGUCCCAGCGAUUGGGGUCGAUAUCCGUUCAGCCGGUACCCGGUCGGUGUCAACCGAGACCCGGUACCGCUGGGCGGAGAUCGAUACCCUGAUUUGUAUGACAAAUAUCCGCCGACCGGAUCGUCAUAUCCUGCUGGCUACGGCCGUGGUGGUUACUAUGGUUCAGAUUAUCCUCCGCCAAGUCGCUAUCCUGGUCCAGACAGGGGAGUUCGUCCUUUGCCUGAGAGAUAUCCGGCUGAACCAAGACCUAGUUUUGGUCUGAGAAGACCUAUAGAUAGGCCCGGAGGUUAUCGUGGUAAUUAUCCUCCUCCGGGCUUGGAUCGUCCUAUCGGUGGCGGUGGUUAUGGAGGAUUUGAACCGGAUGGCCCUAUUGGGCCUGGAGGACCUAUAGGAGGUCCAGUUGGUGGACCUUUAGGGGGUCCUUUGGGUGGACCAAUCGGAGGACGGCCUCCUGUUGGCCAAAGACCAUGGCAAGGAUCUCGUUGUGAAGAAGACAGCUUUAGACAAGUGGGUAGACAGCGUAUGCAGAGGCGGUUCGUGCGUCGUUUUACAACCGCCCUUUCACUGGCACAGUGUCAGCGAGAGUGUAUUGAAGCUCGUGACUUUAUUUGCCGUUCCUUUAACUUUAGAGACACCGGCUAUGGCAAUGAACCACGCGACAAUUGUGAACUCAGCGACCGGGACACGCGUGAAUUGGAUGCUGCGAAUCCCUCGCAUUUCGACAACACCGCUAAUGAAUACGAUUUUUACGAACGAGCUCUCGGUCGUAUUGCUGACGAUUGUUUGGAUGUAUCCCAAGUAUGCAAUGAAGACGGUAUGGAAUUCACUCUGCGUUUGCCUGAAGGAUUUUACGGACGAAUGUACACAUAUGGCUUCUAUGAUCGCUGCUUUUUCCGUGGUAAUGGAGGUGUCAAUAAUGUUCUGCGUAUCACUGGCGCACAUGGUUACCCAGAAUGUGGUACACAACGGUAUGGAGAGACAAUGACAAAUAUAGUGGUCGUACAGUUUAGCGAUAACGUUCAAACAUCGAGAGACAAACGGUUCAACCUUACCUGUCUAUUCAGGGGACCAGCUGAAGCCGUUGUUACGUCCAAUUAUAUUGGAGCUGGUUUGGGGUUUGAUUCUGUUGACAGAUCGGGCAGUCCGAUACCCAUAGAGUAUCUACCCGAGGAAAGUUCGUUGAACUCCAAAGUACGAUUGAUGAUACUUUACCAAGGGCGACCAACUACCACAAUAGCUGUAGGAGAUCCAUUAACAUUUAGACUCGAAGCUCAAGAUGGAUAUAAUUAUGCAACGGACAUCUUUGCCACAAAUGUUAUUGCAAGAGACCCGUAUUCUGGUAGAUCUGUACAGCUCAUCGAUCGAGUAGGAUGCCCAGUAGAUCCUGACGUGUUUCCUGAACUGGACAAAGGAAGAAGCGGAGACUCCCUUGAAGCUAGAUUUAAUGCAUUCAAAAUACCUGAGUCUAACUUCUUAGUAUUUGAAGCAACUGUGCGUACGUGCCGUGAUGGGUGUCAACCGGCAUACUGUCCAAGUCACACAGGAAGAUCUGAACCAUCAUUUGGCCGUCGCAGAAGAGAUGUCAAUGCAACAAAUGGGGCUGAAAAUAAUGACACAAUUGUUGUUAAAGCUGAAAAUAACGACGGCAACGCUAAUAAAUCUGAUGAUACUAACAACGCUAGUGUGUAUAAAGUAUCUUUUGAAGAAGCUGGCGUCGAUAAGUAUCUGAAGGAGGAAGUCGAAACUCCGAGUCAUGUGAGGAAAAUGAUUGAGGUGUUUGACAAUCGCAAUGAAUUGUUGGAGGAAAAUGGCCCAUCUGACUCUUCGCCAGUGGUAGCAGCUGCAGGGGUAUGCGUUUCGCCGUACCAUUACAGAGCGCUAUUGGUGGCACUGUGUGUUUUGCUGUCCUUACUUCUGGCUAUGUUGACUGCUGCAUUGUAUAUUUACAAACGAUAUUGGCGUAUACUGCGCAAGAACAUACAAGCUUCAAGUCCUGCGCCAGCUCUCCGCCCAGUGACUCCUGGUCCCCGGCCUUCACGACCGUCUUUGUUCUCAGCUUCACAUCUCCAUAAGCCAUUUUCGUUAAGUGGUUUGGGUAGAACUUUCGCUGAGGUUGGCGAAGAGGCGGGAUCUGCUGGCCGUUUGGCUAACGCCUUUGACGAUGGCAGCGAACCCAUUUACACAGACCCGUCGCUGUUCGAACGAUCCCGUUCACUGCGUUCCCUACACUCGCUGGACAUGAAGCCUGAUCGACGUGACCACCGCGCGUAGAAUAAGGAU